CUCUCUCUAUUUCUUUCUUUCUUUCACUGUCUUUCUCUGCCACACAUCACACCCAGCAGUUGCAGCGUUGCAGAGGCUGCAGCACUGCAGCCCAGCUGCAGAGAGAGACAGACUCAAAGAAAUAAUAUAAAACUUUGGCAAGGAAAAAGAUAAAAGAGAGAGAAAAAAAACCGAUUUCAAGUUUUUGAGAGUAUUCUAUUGGGUUGGGUUGGGUGUCUCACAAAGUUUUUAAGAUUAAAGCUCUGAGCUUUUUAUACACAAAAAAAGAGUGUCUUGGUUUUCUUGGGUGUGUUUUCUUUUAGCAAAUGCCUUAAAAAUGCAACAAAUGAAGCCAGUUGUUGUUGUUUGAGCUUUUGGACGCAUCAAAGGCUUGAGUUUUAGCUUCAGCUUUGUCUUGCUGUUUUUGGGUUCUUUGGGAGUUAUGGCUGGUCUGAUCGAUCUGAACAGCACGACGGAGGAGGAGGAGGAGACGCCGUCAUCUGGGUCGUCGUCUAAUUCUUCUGGCUCUAAUGCUUUGAUUUCUGGGUCUGUUUGCUUGGAGCUCUGGCACGCUUGUGCUGGCCCAUUGAUUUCUCUGCCCAAGAAAGGUAGUGUGGUGGUUUAUCUUCCUCAAGGCCACUUGGAGCAAGUGAGUGACUUCCCGGCUUCGGCUUAUGAUCUCCCUGCUCAUCUGUUUUGCCGAGUUGUGGAUGUUAAGCUUCAUGCGGAGACUGGCAGUGAUGAAGUUUACGCUCAGGUUCAAUUGGUUCCUGAAAGUGAGGAUUUUGAGCGGAAAGUUGGGGAAGGGGAAACAGAUGGGGAUGAGGAUGCUGAGGCAUCAGAGAAAUCGACUACUCCCCAUAUGUUCUGCAAAACCCUUACUGCUUCCGAUACCAGCACUCAUGGAGGCUUCUCUGUCCCUCGCCGUGCUGCUGAGGAUUGUUUUCCUCCCCUGGAUUAUAGUCAACAAAGACCUUCACAGGAGCUGGUGGCAAAGGAUCUGCACGGCCUUGAAUGGAGGUUCAGACAUAUCUAUAGGGGGCAGCCACGCAGGCAUUUGCUCACCACUGGAUGGAGUGCCUUUGUGAACAAGAAGAAGCUUGUUUCUGGAGAUGCUGUAUUGUUCCUGAGGGGUGAGGAUGGAGAACUGAGGCUUGGAGUUAGAAGGGCAAGCCAAGUAAAAGCUUCUGCUAGUUAUCCAACUUCUUGCAGCCAGCAUUUAAACUAUAACUCCAUUACAGAGGUGGUGGAUGCUAUAUCUAUGAAGACUGCAUUUAAUGUCUACUACAAUCCAAGAGCCAGUUCGUCAGAAUUCAUAAUACCUUUCCGUAAAUUUUUGAGGAGCCUUGGUCAUUCCUUCUGUGCUGGAAUGAGGUUUAAAAUGCGUGUUGAGACAGAAGAUGCUGCAGAGCGAAGAUAUACUGGACUGGUAACUGGGAUUAGUGAGUUGGAUCCCCUAAGAUGGACUGGAUCCAAGUGGAAAUGUCUAGUUGUAAGGUGGGAUGAUAUAGAUACUAGCAAGCAGCAUGGCCGGGUUUCCCCAUGGGAAAUUGAGCCAUCUGGUUCAAUUUCUAAUUCCAGUGGCUUUAUGGCAUCUGGUUUGAAGAGAUCCAGGAUGGGCAUAUGCGCAGAAAAACAAGAAUUUCCAGUUCCUUAUGGGAUUGGAGCCUCAGACUUUGGGGAAUCUUUAAGAUUCCAGAAGGUCUUGCAAGGUCAAGAAAUUUCUGGUUUUGAUACUCCUUUUGGUUCUAUAGGGAGUCAAAAUCAGCAUCCCUCUGAAUCGAGGAGAGUCUUUAACGGCUCUAUUGGUUCCAGAGGUACUGAUCUCAGAAACUCAUUUGUGAAUUCUGAGAUUGCCUCUAAAGGCUUUGGUGAAUCUUUCCGAUUCCAGAAGGUCUUGCAAGGUCAAGAAAUAUUUCCAAGCACACCAUAUGGAAGAGCUCCAGCUACUAACGAGCCUCGUGAAUAUGGUUGCCCUGGAAUCUUUGAUGGUUUUCAGGUGCCAAGCUUUAGGAAUGGAUGGUCUAAUAUGAUGCAGGGCAAUAAUACACCUAUGCACCGAGCUGCCCCUGUACAAGUGUCAUCACCAUCAUCUGUGUUGAUGUUUCAGCAAGCUAUGAAUGCAGGAGCCGAGUUCAAUUCAGUUUACAAUGGUCAUAACCAAAAGGAACAGAGAAGACUGCAACACACUCCUUAUUCUGAAUCAGAUGGCGGAAGGCAAACAUCAUCCACAUUCGGUGAACGAAGCUUCAGCAGGCAAGGGCAUGGAUCCAUAAAUUCUUUUAAUCAACAUGGCAUUUCACAUCCUCCUCUUUCAAGUCCAUCUUCAUUGAGAGGCAGUCAAGACAUGGUUUCAUCGUGCAAAAGUAGCUGCAGACUCUUUGGUUUCUCACUGUCUGAGGAAACACAUGCCCCAAAUAAAGUGGACAACAACACCUCAGUUCAAUUAGAGUCUAAUGCUUCUAUGUUCCCCAAUGUUGAACCCCGAUUCAAUUCAAAGCCUCCUUUGAUGUCUGCAGCAGCUGGAAUUCCCUGUACCAAAGAAUGGGCUUUCAACUGGCGUGGAGAAAGGAUGGAAAGUUGUUUACAAGGAUAGUGAAUUAGUGUGACAACGCAGGCCUUGUUGGGAUGUUCCACAGAAGAAAUGCUACCACAAUAUUAUGUAAGAAGUAUGAGAGUGAAGACUCUUGGCGCCUGAGGUUUUUCUCAGGUUCAAGUAUCGUAUUUUACGUAAGAACUGUUAUGUGGUAUAAAAAAUAUUGUAAUUAAGCGCUUUUAGUGACUUUGAUUGUAUUAUUAUUAGUUACGCUCUAAGAAAUGUUUUGCAGAGAAUCAUCCAUGAUUUCCUCUUGCAAGAGGGCCUAUCUGAAACUCAAACAAAUUCUAUCCAUUUGGAAUUGUUAAAUUCUA